CUCCAGUAAACAGUGAUGUUGUGUGGAAGCACUUGGCAACAAAGUGUUUACCAGACAGAAAUAAAUCGACGCAUUAUGGUGCUCAGCCUUUUAGGUCAAAUUAACAAGGUUUGGGAGGAAGUAAGUGCUGUCAUUAUCCUGGUGUCACACCAUAAUGCUGGUGUGACACAUGCUCAAAUUUGCCAUAUUCCGUUUUAUGGGCAUGGAUCUCUAAAACGUCAUUAAAGAGCACUUUGCUGUAGCAAAUAAAACAAAGGCCUCACGCCACUUUGUUAAAUUAGCUGUAUUUUGAUACACCAUUUGCACAUCAUCUAUUUAUUUAAAACCAACAAACCCAUUUUGUCAAAUGCUUUCUGGGUCAUUUUGCCUCAUUUGAAAGGUCACGGAGAAGAUGUGCGUCAAUAACACAUAAAUCAUGCUUUGCAUAGUAUAUAAACGAAGACGCUCUGAAGUCAGAAAACACGAGCUAACAAAAGACAUCCAUAAAGUCAGCGGAAGACCCAGAUUUGACACUAUUUCCAGCCAUGAAGGUCGUGCUGCUGGCAGUGCUGUUGGUGUUUGCUGCGUGGGCAGAUUCGGCCCAGACCCAGAAAGCUCUGAGACUCUGUGGCCGGGAGUUUUUUCGGGCUGUCGUCUACACGUGUGGGGGUUCUAGAUGGAGGCGGGUCCAGUCUGAGGACCCCGUAAAUGGUUAUGAAAUGGAGACUGACACGGAGACCUCUGCAGAAAUGGAUCGAGUAAGAAGAGACACAUACGAAACGCUGCCCUCCACGUGCUGUUCAGUGGGCUGUAUGAAAAGUGAUCUUGUUCGCAUGUGCUGAGAAACACAAGAACCUUCAUCAUCCUCUCUCUGCAAAAUGCCUUUAUAUAUUUUUCUGA